UCUCAGUCCCAACGAGCCGGCCCGUAACUGAAUCCGGGCGCGCACGCCCAAAAAACAGGGAUAGGGAGAAAAAAGAAAAAGAAACAAAUUACUAGGGGUGGAAUAAGCCAGGGCGAUCGAGAUCGGCUUUGCGGCGCGCGCGCGAUAGAGCAAGCAAGCAAAGAGGGCGAAGCAAACCCGGUCCCGGAACGCGUUUGUGUUGCUCGCCCUUUCCUUUCCUUUCCUUUCCCCCUAUCGCCCAUUCCCCGCAAGAGUUGGGCCCGACGGCCGUGGCCAGUUCCGCUCACCAGGCUCGGUUUGCGGCCAGCCCGACACGGUGGCGCCAACAGUGACCAUAUCCACUGCCAGCUUCUCUAAUCAUAAUGCCGACUGCUGCGCAGCGACAGCGCAUGGCGGCAGCAGCGGCAGCGGCGACGGCAGCACCAGCAGCACCAGCAGCAGCAGCAGCGCCGUCUGCAGCCUCGACAGCGCGAAAGGGCGACGGCAAGGCGACAAGUUCGCGUUUGGCGGGCAACAAGAGCAACACUGCGACGACGAGCAAGCCCACGUUCCAGGUCGACGCCUCAGAGUUCGAAGACGCGUUUUCAGACGACGAUGAGGAAGAGCAGGGCGAGUCUGGCCAACGAGGCAUGAACGACGACGACAUCGACGAUGACGAUGACGACGCCGCCGUCGCCUUUGAGAUGGAUGGGCAGGAGCUGUGGGCGCAAAACUACUGCGCCACUUGUGACUGCCUCAUCGAGCCAGGCCAAGGCGUCGGUCCAAAGAAGGAGCAGCAGCAGCAGCAGCAGCAGCAGCAAAAGAGCUCGUCAAAUCCGACGUCUCCCACGGCUAGCCUGUCGAGGGCUUCAUCGGGUACCGUUACGUCGGCCUUGGGCGUGAAGAGCAAGUCGGGCACCAUCAAGGCCAGACCCACUUCUUCCGACGGCCAUCCAGAAUCGUCGUCUUCGAACCUCAAACGAACGUCCUCGGCUGGACGCAUCCACACUGUCGGUGGCGGUGGCGCGCCCCUGGGACCUCACAAGCGCACCGGUAGCGCCGCGAGCCGGCUCAAUGCCCUCAGCGAGCUCAAGCCCACGACGAAACUGCAUCCAGACGGUGAGACAAAGCCAAGGAAAUCGGCAGAAGCCAAGGUGCGUGCACCUGGACUGGCGCGACGCAACUCGUCAAAGUCGGCCCAGGGAAGCGCCGAUUCGUCGCCCGUCAGCCCCAAUUCGACGCUGCCUCGCACCAAAAAGGGCGGUCUCCUCGGCCCACUGACGCCCGCUGCGCUCAAGCAAGAGCAGGAGGCUGAAGCCGCCAGGCUCUCGGCCCCACCGGCGCUCUACUGCUCUGAGCGAUGCCGCAUGAUCGACGAGCAACGGUCUUCGGGCCUCGGCGAGCUGAUUCACUACCUCUCGGAUCCCCUCUCAUCGCCCACUUGGGUGCCUGGCAGCUUGGCAAAUGCUGCACCCUCCACCACGUCGGUCGCUUCGGCCUCGCAAUGGCCUGCUCGUGUGCCGAGCCUCUCGUCCAUGUCGCCAAACGGAGCAUCGUAUGGCCUCUGGACACCAGAGAGCGAGUGCACAUGCCCAGAUUGCCUGGAGAAGAGCAGUGCAGUGCCCAGUGGAGCCAGUGACACGACCGAGAGCUCGGGCAGCAACGUGUACGGUCCGACUGGUCGCAAGCAGCAGCGCUCCCAGAGCGGUCGCAUCGUCACGCCCCAGAAUCUCGUACCCCCGGGCAGCGGGGCCAUUGACGGCUACUUUGGCGCCGUCACACACAUGGGUCGCAAGGGCAAGACGCGAGAAAGCCCUCAGCUACAGCCCCAGCGCCUCGUUGGCCGCGGCCAGACACAAGCCGCGCAGGACAGUGUCAGCAACGCAGGCACAGAGAGCAGCACGAGAAGCUCGGACAGCAGCAACAAGAGCGACAUGUUUGACCGGAACUCAACAUCGCGCAGGAGUACCAAUCGCAACACCUCGCCCAAGAGUUUCGAGGCUAGCGAGGCCAUUGACGAGAGAGACGACGACUGCGGCGGCGACGGCACCGUCUCGAGUGUCAAUUCAGACGAAAGAAAGAGCGGCACCGUUACGACUGGCACCGUCACGCCGGCCGCCGCAACAGCAAUGAGUCCUAAUUCGCGGCCUAUGUCCAUGGCAAGCAUUCGCCCCAGCUCAGUUUCGCAAAGCUAUGGAAGCAGCCCAUAUGCAGCUGCACCCCUGCGUCUCCUUCGCAGAGGCGAUCACCAUGCUGAGCCAUCAGUCGACGUGACCGCAGACUUUGCGCGCAGCCCGUCGACGUCCAAUGUGCUUUCUCGUAGCAUGGCCAGCGAGCGUACCGAGAUGGGAUCGAGUUCCAUUACACUCGGCGCAGCCAACACGGGGCCAAGUUCGCUCCUUAGCAGACGUCAGGAGCGCUUCUCCAGUCUCGAUCCGCAUCCGUCACCUCUCAAGCCCUCCGACGAGGUCGCGCUCAGCAGGAGCUACCAGGAUACCUCUGCCAUCGAGACUCUCAAGUCUGCCCAGGCUCGCGCUUCGAUGAGCUCGACGCCGGCAAAUGCCGCACCAAAGCACCACCGCGGCAUCAGCGAGACGGCGUCGCCGACUUGGUGGCCCCGUCAAAACGUCAGCGACGGUGCUGGCGGAGACGAGGCCGGAAGACGGUCAUCCAUGACGGCCGCAAACGGGAGCUGGCUGCGUACCUCUUUGUCUUCAGCUUGGGCUACAAUCCGCGGUCUGCCAACCUUUUCCACCACAGGCGCAAGCGACGAUGCUAGCGCAUCACCCUCGCCGGAAAACACUGACGCACCUAACAGCCCUGCGCCACCCAAAUUGACUGCAGAGGCACAGCUGCAGUCGGCUGCUAUGGCCAGACGCGGUAGCAAAGGCAGCAGCAGUGGAAGCGGCAGAAGGAAAUUCGAAGAGGAUGUCGCUGCUGCUGGCGCGUCCCACGGCGGCCUUGUUCGCAAGCCAACGACACAGCGAGGCAACGUGCCCGCUUUUGCUCACGAGAUCGGACGCGGACAGAUCCCGGGCGAAGCCGAGGCUGCAGCCACCUCGACCUCUGAAAGCAAAGGACAGCUCUCGCGCUCAGCUACCACCAACGAUGUCGUCGAAGAGGAAAAGAGACGAAGGCGCGCCCAGCACAAGCACCAGCGCAGCAAGGACGUCACUGCCCUCCCACCUCUUCUCGGAGCCAGCCGGCCGGGCAGCAGCACCAACCUGUAUGCCAUGAGGGCCCGUCCUGGAAGGACUCACUCGACGACGAGCUCCACGGCGAGCCAGACCGGUGGCAAUGGAGGUCAGCCAGCUCGGUCGCGAGCAGGAAGCAACGGUCCCGUGCUCUACGUUGGCAGUGCUGGAUCCCACGUCGGUCUACCAGCUAACGGCCUGUCGCGACCCACCACACCUGGCAUGAGGCGAAGCCCCAGCGGUGCCUCUACGCCUCCGGCAUACGAGGUUGGCGCGGCCGGCUUCAGCCCAGGCCGCAAUAUGAGCUUUAUUGCCAAUGCCGGCACCAGUCCUCGUCGUGCUGGUCUUGGCUGGGGCGCAAUGACCUCGAUCACCGGCACAGAGGCCCCCGCAGCCCGCGGACUCUAUGCGCAGCAGCAGCAACACCAUCAUCAUCAUCUUCAUCGCCCUCAUCACACCAACCACCACCAGGCCCAUCAUCGCCAUCAUCAGCAUCACCAUGGACCUCCUCAAGCACGGCCUCACCAGCAGCACCGCUCAGGUGCAAGCAUUCAGCUUGGCAAUGUCGGCCUCCUCGGCCAUCAUCCCCACGGUCAUGCUUCCAUGUAUGGUCGACAUGCGACGACACCUGUGCGCUCCUCGACGCCCCGCGUCCCUGAAGAAGGUGGUGAAAUGAGUGGAGCAGCGCUCAAGGGCGAGGUCAUCGAUAGCCCUACUGCGCAGGACUUUGACAUCUCACGCCCAAAAAGUGCCAUUGGCAGCCGAAGGCAUCACUCCGGUGCACCGCCCCGUCCGAAGAGCACCAUGGCCAUGCGGCCCCAUGGUGUGUCGGCAUUGGAGGCCGGUUUAGCUUCGCCCGAGGCAACAAGACGACUCUCUCAGCAUGAUCGCACUCGCAGCUACGAAAGUGCGUCUUCUGGCGUCAAAUUUUACCCCGUCCUCGAGGUCUCUGGUCAGCAGACGCACGACCGCUACGACGCCGGAUGGAAUCUCGAAGGUGCCGGACUGACGGACUAUCUUCCUCGUGACAAGCUCACCUCGGAGCCCUCUUCUUCGUCUGCCAGUGGCGCUGCCACCACCAGUCAUGAGCGACGCUCAAUGUCCACAUCGGACCGGCAGGUGCAUCCGUCAGAUGCUCCUCGACCCAAUCGCAAGAAGCUCUUCUACUUUGACGCAACAUGAACAUUUCCACCCAACCGCACCCACCCAAUCUCUCUCUCGGUCUUUCUUCAUCGUCACGGCACUCCUCAUCACUAUUGAGCGUAACGAUUCUC